GUACUCAAAUUAUCGCUCAGAACUACUAUACAUGGCCGGGCAGGAGACUGACGAUUUUUAUAAAGAUGCCGUUAACUAUUGGUCAAAUAUACCGGAUACUAUUGAUGGAAUGUUAGGAGGAUUUGCCAGAUUAUCAAGUUCUGAUGUGGGACAAUCUAUGACUUUUCUGAAGAAAAUUAUUCAGGGACCGGGUGCUCUAACUGAACCAGAGGUAGCUCUAGACUGUGGGGCUGGAAUAGGAAGAGUUUCAAAACGUUUAUUAUUACCAGUAUUUAACACUGUAGAUUUAGUGGAAGUAAACCCAAAAUUCUUAAAAACUGCUGAGACUUAUUUAGGAGAAUUGUCUUCAAAAGUAGGAAAUUAUUUUCCGGUUGGACUACAAAGUUUCACUCCAGAAUCCGGCCGAUACAACGUUAUCUGGAAUCAAUGGGUCCUAGGACAUUUAACAGAUAAAGAUCUCGUAGAAUAUUUCAAACGAUGUAAAAAAGGACUUAAAGAAAACGGGGUUAUAGUGGCAAAAGAAAAUGUCAGUGGCGGUGAAGACUACGACUUUGACGAAGUUGAUAGCAGUUAUACAAGACCAAAGGAAGCUCUAUUAAAAUUAUUUGAGGAGGCCGGACUGAAAGUCAUUCGAGAAGAAAAACAGAAGCAUUUCCCUAAAGAUGUUUAUGCUGUAUUUAUGUUUGCUCUACAAUAG